CUGCAGAGACAGAGACCUUGAGAGAAAAUUAAAUGAAUAUGAAUGAUGGCUUUUAAAUAGGGGGGACAUGCAAUCCGGGGUACAGGAUAAAGAAUGAGAGAAAACUGGAAAAGACAACAAAAGUUCUGCAAUAGUCCACAGAUUUCUUGCAUUCCAGUUCCUCCCUCUGCCUCUGACAUGUCAUUACUAAAGGGCCUAACCUGGGGACAACAGUGCUACUUUUACAGCAUCAUGAGGAUUUACAACACUAGUCCCCAGUGGGAGGCCCUGCAGGCCCGCUAUGUUCACAGCCUCCUGCAUCAGCAGCUGCUGGGCUAUAUUACUCACCAGGAAGCCUUGGCUUGUGCUGCUGCACUGAGGGAGUCUGCUAGGAAAGCUGCAGCCAAGGUAGCGCCUCACAGAUCCAUCCCCAGGAAGCCUUCGGCCAUUUCAAGAAAAUGGGUGUCCUCACUACCUGUGUCUGCUCUUCGACCCCGGACCCAAAGCACAGGGCUCUGAACCCUCAGGAAACACGGCUGUACGUAAGCCCUGGAACAGACAGGUGGCCCGUGCUAGGUGGCAUGUAAUGGGUGCUUAGUGCCUAUUUCUUGGAUGAGAAUGAAUAA